UGCGCUGCUAGAACAAAAAAUUGAAAGCAGAAAGAAGAGUGAAAUAGGGCAUUUCACCAUGUUAGGUAUUGUUUUCUUUCUCAUCAUAAUCCCUAGUUUAGGAUUCGCCACUGAUGAUGAACAUGCUGGACGAGAUUGUCUGCCGGAAGGCGAUAAGGAUCUACUGGAAUUUCCACUCAAUUUGGAGUACUUGGAAGCUGAGUUCUUCUUGUGGGGCGCUUUUGGUUAUGGUCUUGAUAAACAGGCCCCCAAUCUUACCGGCGGUGGCCCGGCGCCGAUCGGUGUAAAAGAGGCCAAAUUGAGUCCCCUUGUUAAAGAUAUUAUUGGUCAAUUUGGGUUGCAAGAAGUUGGACAUGUGAGGGCGAUUAAGGAAACGGUACCAGGUUUUCCGAGGCCGCUUCUAAACUUGAGCGCAGAAACUUUUGCAACAGUUAUAAACGAUGCGUUUGGAAAGCCCUUGGAACCGACAUUCGAUCCGUACGCAAACGACAUUAAUUAUGUUAUUGCAAGUUACAUAAUUCCCUAUGUUGGACUCACCGGAUACGUCGGAGCGAAUCCCAAACUCGUUAGCUACGUUGCCAAAAGGCUAGUGGCCGGACUACUGGGGGUGGAAGCCGGGCAAGACGCAGUUCUAAGAACCAUACUGUACGAACGCAAGGAUGAAGAGGUUGCGCCGUACGGGAUCACGGUGGCGGAAUUCACCGACCGAAUCUCGGAUCUGAGGAAUAAGUUGGGCAAGGCAGGGGUGAAAGAUGAAGGGUUGGUAGUGGAACCCUCCCAAGGCCCGGAGGGGAUUAGUUCCGGCAACAUUCUAGCCGGAGACGCCAACUCGCUGGCGUAUGACCGGACGCCGGAGGAGAUACUGAGGAUCGUGUAUGGAACUGGAAAGGAAAACAAACCUGGCGGUUUUUACCCCAAGGGAGCUGAUGGCAAAAUUGCCAAGUCUUAUCUUCCCAAUACAUCAUCCUCGGACUGAAUCUCCCACCAUAGUGAAAUUAUUGUAAUCUAGUAAUUAAGUAUACUUCUUCAAGAAAAAUUAAACGUACAAAACGCUAUACUAGCGGGUAAUAAACUACCAAAAGAGAUUGUUCGGGUGUGAGCUGUCUUUUGGUUCAUUCUAAGUGUGGGCGUGGUUGAGCUCACUGCUGAACUAUACAUAUGUAUGUUAUGUAUAAUUUGUUAGUAGUAAGUUGUUAGUUAAACGCCA